AUGAGCGAGAGCCGGGCGGCCCGCCGCCGACCAACCGGCGCGAUAUAUUCUGCCGCCAGUCCAGUGACUGACAGCUCGAGAAGCCAAUCAGCCGGUGGCUCCCUCCUCCAGCCGUAUGGGCCUACCGGAAGUGGCUGCCGGCAGUGCCGGUUCCGGGUCGCGGUGGUGAUGGCGGCGCCGGGCGAUGGCGGCGGUGCGGGGUCAGGCUCGGGGUCAGGCUCGGGCCUGCAGCGUCUGGCGGCGGCCGGGGACCUGCGUAGCGUGCUGCUCACUAGCGUGCUCAACCUGGAGCGCCUCGAGCUCGACCUGUUCAGGGGUCAGCACCAUUGGGUGCCCGCCACGCGCCGCCUGUUCGGGGGGCAGAUCGUGGGCCAGGCCCUGGUGGCCGCUGCCCGCGCCGUGAGCCGGGAGCUGCAGGCACAUUCACUGCACUGCUACUUCGUGAGAGCAGGGGACCCCAAGGUGCCGGUGCUGUACGAGGUGGAGCGGACCCGGACUGGAAAGAGCUUCUCCGUCCGCUCCGUGAAGGCCAUUCAGCACGGGAAGCCCAUCUUCAUCUGCCAGGCCUCCUUCCAGCUGGCCCAGCAGAGUCCCGUGCAGCACCAGUUCACCAUGCCCAACGUGCCGCCCCCUGAGGAGCUGCUGACGCAGGAGGAGCUCAUUGAGAAGUUCCUGCAGAAUCCUAACUUGGCAGAAAGAUACAGAAAGCAUCUCAACAAGAUCCAAGCUGAAGAUGUGCCGAUUGAUAUCAAACCUGUGAACCCACCCGAUAUAUUCUGCACGGAGCCACAGGAGCCAAAGCAGUUCUUCUGGGUGCGAGCCCGAGGUUACAUAGGAGAGACUGACAUGAAGGUGCACUGCUGUGUAGCCGCCUACAUCUCUGACUAUGCCUUUCUGGGCACGGCCUUGCUGCCCCAUCGUCAGUACAACGUCAAAUUCAUGGUGUCCCUCGACCACUCCAUGUGGUUCCACGCACCCUUCCGAUCUGACCACUGGAUGCUGUAUGAGUGCGAGAGCCCCUGGGCUGGUGGGUGCCGAGGGCUGGUGCACGGACGACUGUGGCGCAGGGAUGGGGUCCUGGCUGUCACCUGCACUCAGGAAGGAGUCAUUCGGGUGGAGGAGAACCCAAACCAGAGUAAACUCUAGCCGAAAAAGCCGGAAGCAGCAGCUGGACCAAGCUCUGUGUGCUGGGGCUGAGGCCUGCGCUAGAAUGGCUGUGGCGGAGGCAGGACCCCGUGCAGCAGCAGAAGGAGCAGCAGAAGAGAAGGGGCUGAGUCCCACAGGUGGGAGUGUUGGGGCCAGCGCUUCAGCACUGAGGUGGUUCUGCACGAGCUGCAGUGUUACUGCUGUUGUUGAUUGCCAGCUGUGCAGUGUAAUGGCACGCUAUGCUGAGCCACUGUUCACCCACUGUAAAUAAAGCGAUCACGUGAGCAGCUGA